UCUCAAGUCAGCCUCAGCCUCCCUCACACUCUCUCUCUUUCUCAAGGAGGGGAAAGAAAUGGCCGGAAAAUCGAGCAAGGGGAGGAACCGGAAAGUGUCAAAUGCUGCGGCGGCGGCGGCGGCUGCGGCGGCGGCGAAUUCUUUGGAGCGGGUUGAAGUUCCGGCGAAUCCUAGUACCGGCAAAGACGAGAGCUUGGAACAAGUUCCGGUGACAAAUGACGACUCUGCUGCCGCUGCCAAGCCGGAGGCAAAAACCGAGCCUGAGAACGACAAUUCGGCGGCUCAAGCGAAGCAAGGUGACCUUCAUCUUUUUCCCGUGUCCGUCAAAGCACAAAGCGGGGAGAAGCUUGACCUGCAGUUGAACCCAGGAGAUUCGGUUAUGGAUAUAAGACAGUUUCUUCUUGAUGCUCCGGAGACAUGUUUCUUCACCUGCUAUGACUUGUUGCUGCACACAAAAGAUGGCUCCAGCCAUCACCUUGAAGAUUUUAAUGAAAUUUCUGAGGUAGCUGAUAUCACCACUGGUGGAUGCUCCUUGGAGAUGGUUCCUGCUCUGUACGAUGAUAGGUCUGUAAGGGCUCAUGUCUAUCGAACAAGAGAAUUGCUUUCUCUUUCCUCACUCCAUGCAUCGCUUUCAACAUCGCUGGCAUUACAGCAUGAAGUGACACAAAAUAAAACAAGUCUUGGAGAGGUCCCAGAGCUUGAUGGUCUGGGUUUUAUGGAGGAUGUUUCUGGUUCACUAAGUAAUUUGCUGUCAUCACCUGCGAAAGAGAUCAAAUGUGUCGAAAGUAUUGUGUUUUCAUCAUUCAAUCCUCCUCCAAGCCACAGGAGGCUUGUUGGGGAUUUGAUAUAUUUGGAUGUGGUAACCUUGGAGGGCAAUAAGUUUUGUAUUACUGGAACUACGAAGAUGUUUUAUGUCAACUCAAGUACGGAGAAUUCCCUUGACCCUCGACCAUGUAAAACUAAUUAUGAAGCAACCACCCUUGUUGGACUCUUGCAAAAGAUCAGCUCUAAGUUUAAGAAAGCUUUUCGUGAAAUUUUGGAUCGGAGAGCUUCUGCACAUCCUUUUGAAAAUGUUCAAUCUUUGUUGCCACCCAACUCAUGGCUCGGAUCAUACCCUGUUCUUGAUCACAAACGCGAUGCCGCCAGGGCAGAGGAUGCCCUUGUUCUUUCAUAUGGGAGUGAGCUCAUUGGUAUGCAGCGAGAUUGGAAUGAGGAGCUGCAGUCUUGUCGGGAAUUUCCCCAUACAACUCCUCAAGAAGGAAUUUUACGGGAUAGGGCUCUCUACAAAGUAACUUCAGACUUUGUUGAUGCUGCAAUAAGUGGUGCUAUCGGUGUAAUCAACCGAUGUAUACCUCCCAUAAAUCCUACUGAUCCAGAGUGCUUUCACAUGUAUGUCCACAACAAUAUAUUCUUCAGUUUUGCUAUUGAUGCCGAUCUUGAGCAGCUGAGCAAGAAAUGUGUGUCAGAAAAGUCUGAGAUGACCACUAAUAGUGGAAUUUCCAAUGGGGAAAAAUGUGAUAAAUCAUGUAGAGAGGAACAUGAUAUUGUCACGGAAUCGGCUCGGGAUGUAUCUUCCGAGACUCAGUCAGCUGAGACUGAGCAAGCCACGUAUGCCUCUGCAAAUAAUGAUUUAAAAGGCACCAAAGCUUACCAGGAAGCUGAUGUCCCUGGCCUCUACAAUCUGGCAAUGGCCAUAGUUGAUUAUAGGGGUCACAGAGUUGUGGCUCAGAGUGUUUUGCCAGGCAUUCUUCAAGGGGAUAAAUCAGACUCUCUUUUGUACGGUUCUGUCGACAACGGCAAGAAAAUAUCCUGGAAUGAAGAUUUUCAUUCCAAGGUGGUAGAGGCUGCAAAACGGCUUCAUUUAAAGGAACACGCAGUCCUUGAUGGAUCUGGAAAUGUUUUCAAGUUAGCUGCACCUGUUGAAUGCAAGGGUAUUAUUGGUAGCGAUGACAGGCAUUAUCUUCUUGACUUGAUGAGAGUAACACCCCGGGAUGCAAACUACACUGGACCUGGGUCCAGAUUUUGUAUAUUGAGACCGGAACUAAUUACAGCUUAUUGCCAGGCCCAAGUUGCAGAAAGAUCAAAAACUAAGUCUAAUUCUGAAGGAAGUGGUCCUGCAGCAAGUGAUGUUUCUAAUGUUGCCGGUGACAAACAGGAUGAUCCGAAAGAAGAAAAGAAGACCGAGGAUGCUCAAGAGAGCACGUCUGCACCUGCUGAAAACUUCGAACAACAAGAAGAGAUACAGGAGGAACUUCUUUUCAAUCCUAAUGUAUUCACUGAAUUCAAGUUGGCUGGAAUCCAAGAGGAGAUAGCAGCAGACAAAGAAAAUGUGAGGAAAGUUAGUUCGUAUCUUACAGAUGUCGUACUUCCGAAAUUCGUACAAGAUCUCUGUACACUUGAAGUAUCGCCUAUGGAUGGCCAGACACUAACUGAAGCUCUCCAUGCUCAUGGAAUUAAUGUUCGCUAUAUUGGAAAAGUCGCUGAUGGGACCAGACAUUUACCUCAUUUGUGGGAUCUUUGUUCUAACGAAAUUGUGGUUAGAUCUGCCAAACACAUCCUAAAGGAUGCUUUAAGAGAAACAGAGGAUCAUGAUCUUGGGCCAGCAAUUUCUCAUUUCUUCAAUUGUCUUUUUGGAAGUUGUCAAGCUGUUUCCACAAAGGGCGCUGCCGGUAGUCCGCACUCUAGGACUCCAAGAAAGGACCAAGCUGGCCAUCAAUCAUCGGGAAAAUAUUCAAAGGGGCAAGCGAGGUGGAAAGGUGGAUCUUCUGGAAGAAAAAUUCAAUCUUCUUAUGUGAAUGUUAGCUCUGAAAGUUUAUGGUUGGAUAUUCAAGAAUUCACAAAGUUAAAAUAUCAGUUUGAGUUGCCAGAGGAUGCAAAGACACGUGUAAAGAAAGUUUCUGUGCUCCGAAAUCUUUGCCAAAAGGUAGGAAUUACGAUUGCAGCUCGUAGAUAUGACCUUAAUUCUGCAGCACCUUUCCAAACAACAGAUAUCUUGAAUCUCCAACCUGUAAUUAAGCACUCAGUUCCUGUAUGUUCAGAAGCCAAGGAACUUAUGGAAACGGGGAAGAUCCAGUUGGCUGAGGGUAUGCUUAGUGAAGCUUACACAUUAUUUUCCGAAGCAUUUUCAAUUCUUCAACAGGUUACUGGUCCAAUGCAUCGUGAGGUUGCGAACUGUUGUCGGUACCUUGCUAUGGUUUUAUAUCAUGCAGGAGACAUGGCUGGGGCCAUAAUGCAACAGCAUAAAGAACUCAUCAUUAAUGAACGUUGCUUGGGUUUGGACCAUCCUGAUACUGCUCAUAGUUAUGGCAAUAUGGCUCUUUUCUACCAUGGCCUUAACCAAACAGAACUGGCACUAAGGCACAUGUCGCGAGCAUUGCUUCUGCUGAGUUUGUCUUCUGGACCUGAUCACCCUGAUGUCGCAGCAACUUUUAUAAAUGUUGCAAUGAUGUAUCAGGAUAUUGGGAAGAUGAACACAGCACUUCGUUAUCUGCAAGAAGCCUUGAAAAAGAACGAGAGACUUCUAGGCGAGGAGCAUAUCCAAACUGCUGUAUGCUAUCAUGCCCUUGCCAUUGCAUUCAAUUGCAUGGGUGCUUUCAAGCUUUCACACCAGCAUGAGAAGAAAACAUAUGAUAUACUUGUCAAACAACUUGGUGAGGAGGAUUCAAGAACACGUGACUCUCAAAACUGGAUGAAGACGUUUAAGAUGCGUGAGCUACAGAUGAAUGCGCAAAAGCAAAAGGGCCAAGCUUUAAAUGCUGCCUCUGCCCAGAAGGCUAUAGAUAUAUUAAAGGCCCAUCCCGACUUGAUGCAAGCAUUCCAAGCUGCCGCUAUAGCAGGAGGGUCUGGAAGUUCAAGCAGUUCGGCGAACAAAUCACUUAAUGCUGCCAUGAUUGGCGAAUCUCUUCCUCGGGGGAGGGGAGUUGAUGAAAGGGCAGCACGAGCAGCUGCUGAAGUCAGAAAGAAAGCAGCCGCAAGGGGCCUCUUAAUUCGGCCCCACGGCGUUCCCGUCCAAGCUCUGCCUCCACUUUCUCAGCUCCUCAACAUAAUCAAUUCAGGUGCGACGCCAGAUGCAGCGAACAAUGGAGAAGCAAAUGGAGUCAACGAUACCAACAGCCAUCAGGCCAACGGAUCUGUUGAUGCCAAGGCCGACCAGCCACCAUCAUCCGGGGAAGGUCAGGCCCCUGUUGGAUUGGGCAAAGGCUUAGCGUCAUUGGAUGCCAAAAAACAGAAAUCGAAAGCCAAAGCUGCGGAGUGAAUUUUUUUGAAGCACGUGUGAUUUAGUUGAUAGGAACUAUGGAUUUAUUGUGAUCAUUGGAUGUUUUCUUGUAUUCUGGCUUUUAAAGCUGCAAUUUUUUCUGAUGGGCUCGAUGGUCGUCCCGCGUUCUACUCAACCUCAGAAGCGAGAAAGAGUAUGGGGAUUUGGUAUCAUAAGCCUGUAAACAUUGCCAGUUUUGGGUUCUCCAUAGUGAUUUGGAUGGUAGAGAAAGAUGGGAGGAG